GGCGUGUAGUUCAGUUGUGAGCACGGAAACGUGCUGCAGGGAUUGUAGGUGUACCUCCUCGGGCUUGUGUACCGCCCUUUUCUUGCUAAUAGUGUGUGUGUUCUUUAGAUCUUCUGGUGUAAAUAGCAUUUUUGUGACCACGGACCGAGUCUUUGCUAGAUUUUGGGAUUAGCAACUGACACGAGUGAAAAAACAAGCAAAUAAACAAAAAAACCCGGUUCCGCAGCUGGCUACCGCCCGGAAAGAGUAGGGACCCGUGGGAAAACGUUGUCAUGCACGUCCCUGUGAGCACAAUCCGCGGAGACCCCCAUUUUUUUUUUUUUCUAAUUUUCAGCUUUCCGUUGGCUUUCGUUUGAACACCUCCGCGUGUCGAUCGGGUCAAGCACUCCCGAGAUACAGCACAGACCUCACCCACACCCCUGAUUUGGGGCAUCUUUGUCCUUUUCGGGGUCCUGCUGUUGAGCAUGGGACGUACGAGAGUAGACCCAGAGCAGGCCCAGAAGGCUGUAGAUGCGGUACGCAGCGGUGAGAUGUCGCUCCGCGUUGCUGCGANAGCACAGCCCUCACCCACACCCCUUAUGUGGGGCAUCUUUGCCCUUUUCGGGGUCCUGCUGCUAAGCAUGGGACGUAAGAGAGUAGACCCAGAGCAGGCCCAGAAGGCUGUAGAUGCGGUACGCAGCGGUGAGAUGUCGCUCCGCGUUGCUGCGAAGACCUACGGGUUGCCGCUAGCCUCGCUUCACGACCGUGUGAAGAAGAAGGUGGCCAUAGAUGCGAAGGUUGGCCCCGGGACUGUCCUGAGCAAGGAGGGGGAAGAUUUCGUAGAAGAUGUCUUGAUCUACGCCUCCCGACACUUCUUGCUGUUGGGUCGGAGGGAGCUGAAAGAUGCUGUGCGCAACAUCUGCAGCGACGGACGCAAGGUGCCCUGGAACCCAGACAAGGGCCCUGGGGACAGCUGGCUUGAGGGGGUUAUGACGAGGCACCCGGGAUUGUCGGAGCGAGCCACCCACAUCAACGAAGCAAACCCGAUUAACGAAGACGACGAGCGUCGCCUUGAAGCUUUCUACAAAGCAUGGGCGGAGUACCUGGCGGAGACCAAGCUCCCGCCGGAANGGGUGUCAGCGGUGUCAGUAUCGACUGCUGUGGGCACCAAGGUACCCGGCGCGAGGCGUUCCAAUUCGCGAGAAAAUACGACGGUGGUCCCCACCAUCGGUGCCGGCGGCCACACGUUCCACCCUACCAUCAUCUUCAAAGGCCAGCGUAUGCAACCCGCUUGGAUCCAGGACAACAACGGCGUCCCCGAUGCGAAAUACACCAUCACGGAGUUCUCCUUCACCCAGAGCCACGUCUUCCUCGACUACCUUCGAGACCUCCGCCAACAGCUCGAUGCGCGCGGCUUGCAGGGCAAAACUGCCCUUGUGCUCGACGGCCACGCCUCACACACGACCUUCGACGCCAUCAGCUUGGCCCUCUCCCUGGACAUCGACGCAUUCCAGCUCCCAUCCCACACAUCGCACAUCACCCAGCCCUUGGACGUCGGUACGUUCGGAAUCUUCAAGAAGGAGAUCACAAAGGUGCUCACGGCCUACCCGCUGAAAAACGGGGGGAGGAGUCCGGUGAAGCGCGACAUGGCUGGCGUGAUUGCGGAGGCAUGGAUAGGGAGCUUCACGCCCGAGAACAACAUGGCGGCGUUGAAAGGGGCGGGCUUGUGGCCGGUGAACAUGGAGAAAGCCAUCAACCGACUACACAGCAAGAGGAAGCAACGGGACAAUGACCGCCCUAUUCGUGAAGACCUCGCCGUCGUUGCCUCUAAGGAGCAACUCGAGCGAGACCUCGGCCGCGCUGCCCUCCUGGAGCUGAAAAGACACGGGCUCGUGAUCGAGGGGCUCCGUGUCAAUACCAUGUUCCUCGGCGGGCUCACCCGCCUCACCAAGCGCACCAAGGCUUUCGCGACCGUUCGGGCGGGGGGGGGGAAGCCCGAAGGUGGUCUGCUGUCCGCCGAAGAACAUCUUGCUCAGGCCAAGAAGGACCAAGAAGCGAAGCAGGCAGCUGAGGAAGCAAAGGCGGCACGCGCGGAGGCAAGGGCAACGAAGGAGGCCAACCAACAAUCUGGAGCAGUUGGUGGGCGGGGCGGCGGGCAGGGCGGCGGGCGGGGCGGCGGGCGGGGCGGCGG